GGCCAGCCGAGGGCGCCCCCGGCACAAGCGGCUCGCAGAGCAAGGGCCGCCCGCGCGAUUCUCCGCCAGGGAAACACCGAGUGCCCGAAGAGCAUGCGCAGCCGCGGGUGCAUCCCCGCGAGCACGCUGCGCGAGAGCUCAUCUCGCGCCGCGCAGCCGGUGGUGUAAACAGAAGCCCGGUCGCAGCCGCCGAGUGUGUGUGUGUGCGCGCGUGUGCGGUCUCUCGGCUGCUGCGAAGGCGCGCCAAGCUCGUCAGCCCACUCCUGACAGCCGCCGCUCGCUACCGUUCCGCGCACCGGACGUUCGCCCCUCGCCCACUGUUUUUUUUCUCUCUUCCUUCUCUCUCCGAAGUACCACGGACAAGUGCUUCCCGCGCGCAGAGUUACCCGAGCAACCAUUCGCCAAGUACUGUCGUCGCUGCGUCCCACGUGACAUUCGGAGAAAGGGACACCGGCACGGACGUCUGCGCCACAACAACUGUCGGGAGAUGCAGUACCGGCAGGUCGUCUCAGUGGCAAGGUUUUUCGUGAGUUAGGCUUACGCCGUCACUGUCAGUCCAAAGUACGAGGAAAAAACACUUUUUCCCUCUUGUUCUUGCUUCUGGAGAAACUGAAGUAAACUUUCGACCGGGAUGGAUGGGACAGCAGUGGUCAACUCUGUGUGGUGGACACUGCUGUGGGCUGCGGUCUCCACGCUCUGCGUCGUUUCAGCCAGCGGGCACUCGAGGAAUGCGGAACGCUAUGGAGUCAUAUUCAAGACAAGCCUCCUAGAAAGGGACGGCCUUCUACCUCCCUCAAGCGAUUACGAGAUUCUUCCAGAGUUUGCCGAGCCUGUUCCGAAUGUGAGCGCUAUCGUCGGCCGCACGGUGAAGCUUCCUUGCGUCGUCAACAACUUGGGGCAAUACAGGGUUGCAUGGCUGCGAGUGGAGAGCAAGACGAUCCUGACGAUCCACAAGAGUGUGAUCACGCAGAACUACCGCGUCCACCUGAGCGCUUCGGACCGCACCUGGCUGUUGGUCAUCGACCACGUCCAGGAGUCGGACCGUGGGGGAUACAUGUGCCAGGUCAACACGGGGCCCAUGCGCAGUCAAGUUGGAUAUCUCGACGUGCUCGUGCCCCCCGACAUUGAGGCCAGCGAGAGCAGCUCGGACGUUCUGGUGCGGGAAGGGUCCAACGUAACCAUCGUGUGCCGAGCCAAGGGCUAUCCGGCACCCCGCAUCACCUGGCGACGGGAGGACGGAACGCCCAUAGCCGUGGGAAACUGGCAGGAGCAGCUGGGGUCAGCGGCAGACAACGUAUCAUACGAGGGUGAAGAACUGAGCAUCACCAAGGUGAGCCGUCUCCAUAUGGGGCCCUACCUGUGCAUCGCAUCCAAUGGCGUCCCUCCAACCGUCAGCCGCAGAAUACUGCUUCAAGUGCAUUUUCCGCCGAUGAUCUGGAUUCCAAACCAGCUCAUUGGGGCGCCCCUUGGCGGAGAAGUGGUGAUGGUUUGCAAUACGGAGGCGUAUCCGAUAUCGAUCAACUACUGGACCCUGGAGAGCGGCGACCUCAUCGCCGAGUCUACGAAGUAUUCGCUCAACCGCACCGAGAACGUGUACAAGGUCCACAUGAGGCUGCACAUUCGCCGCAUCGCACCCGAGGAUUUCGGUGCUUACCGAUGCUUCGCCAAGAACUCACUCGGCUCCACGGAGGGCUCCAUACGACUCUACGAAAUUCACGUUCCGCCAACAGCGAAAGUCAAAGAACCAUCAACAGCAAGAAUACAGAGCGUCGAAGAAGGAAAACUUGAGGCUUCGGACGCAGCCAUUACCAAACAUCAAAGUUUCCCGCUAAGGCCACCGAUCGCUGGUUCUCUGCCAGAAGACGCAGGCUCAGCGUCUCAUUCAACGCGUCCAAGCGUCACUUGCGCCUUCACCUGGAUAAUGAGGUCGUUGGCAUCAUUGGCAGUGCUCCUGCGUGUGACGUGAUCGUGACUGCAGGAGGCGCUUCGGUUGCAGGGCGGGUGCUGUGUUCAGAGUGGAACUGGGAACGCAGAGGGACGUUGUCCUGCCCACGUCACGUGCUUCCACCCGAAGAAGCGUCGAGCUUCUCUCAAGCCGGCUCCGCGCUGAGCCACCGUCUCCGCUUAACUUCGAGGACGUCCGAAGAGAACCUUCGACUGAUGACGCCAGAGGAAAGCUGUGGUGGCAGUUGUUGACCUGUUUUUCUUUUCCGAGACCACCGAAUCGAGACGUCGACCGGGCGUUUCACAUCGGACAAGAAUAUAGUUGUUAGCGCCGCUGUAUAGAGGACUCGUGAUGUUAAGUGAUGUCACUUUGUUGCACGUGAAGUGCUAGGCUGUUUCUUCAGCCGAUGUCUUACGUGGCGAAUUCUUCGUGUUUCAUGCCUAUACAUAGUCCGUAAGGCGCAGCGAUUCUGAUGCAUUGCAACGCCGCGAGCAGCGUCAUCAAGCGUCGAAUUAAAGUCAGCACACAGAGUAGCACGACUUUCAAUAGCGACAGAUGAUUCGCGAACGCAGAGAGGUAUAUAUACAAGGUUUAAGGAUAUGCUGGAUAUGUUUGCCUGGCUGAUUGCGUGGCAUGGUACUCUAGGUGCUGGGUGUCGAAAACAAAUUUCUAUCAUCUAAACAGGCGUCCUGCAGUGUCAAUUAAUACCUAAACCGUAAUGAACGACAGAAUGGAGUUCCAAUAGCGCGAAAAGAGAAAAGGUGUGGCGACGUUGCCAACGCCAGGGGCACUAACACAGUCCCGUAAGACAUAGAAUUAUUGUAGAAGACACGGUCUGCGUUAGUAGUUUAUCGACUCAUUGACCGCAUUUCAACGAAGAGGCAAGUGGCUAUAGCGACAGUCACUGAAUACCAGAUGAAUUGGUUUCACUCAUUAUCCAUCAGCAAUCAUCAAAAGCAGCGUGGAAACGAGCAGAUAACAGUGGCAACAGUCAUUAAGAGGAAGUUUAGCUUGAAGGCUCCUAUCUAUAUACAUGCAAAAGUAAAAAUUGUUUUUCUCAGCAACCACUGCGCCCCAUUUGGCAUUGUAUGUUGUAUAUAAAAGAAAAAGUUAAAAUGUAAGGGCUGUCGCAAACGGAUUCUUUAUUUAGGCCAUCGAUUUUUUUAUAACCAUUGUAAAAAGUCGCACAUAUUCAGAAAACGAAACUACCACGUUUACAACUGUGGAAGUCAGCAAUAAACAACGAUAUCACAAUUCUGUAAAUUGCAUCUAAUAGCACCUUAAAAGCGGACACAAUUGAUGUAUUAUACAGCGCUCUGCAAUAUACUGUUCUUGUGUGAGACAGACUUUGCAAAAGCCUUGUACACCCUUGCAACAUUAUAUAUUAAAUUUGCCCACUUCAGAUACUCUAACGGAUGCAGUUUACGGGACUGCUAUAUAUGUUUUUGAGGCAGAAGGACAAAUUUGUAAACUUCGUCUUUCGUUUGUUUGAAGGUUAAAAAAAAUAUUGUACAAAAACUUCAGGCCCUAAAUCAAAACUUCACUUCCAACAGUAACUAGAAUUUAACCUAAAAUGCAACAAACUUCAUUAAAGUCGGCCCGAGGGUUAUCUCGGAAAAGCAUUUCUACGUUUUACACCUAUUUUAUUGGCGGCAUCGGAGUUGGGCCCGAGCUAAAGCUUCCUCUUAACGCCGACGAAAGGAGUUAGCACCGUUGUAAAUGGAAUAUGAGGGCAAACUAUAUUCGAAGAGCGAAAUUUUGUCUGACUGAAAAGAGUCCGGUCCUUUCCCAUAAUUUGGGUCUCUACUGGUACGCAUAUAGUGAUAUCUUGAAGUAUUAUUAAAUUCCACCUGCACGAAAACCUGUUUCACAGUAAACAAAUGACAGUAGCUCCGCACAUAAAUAAAAAGAAGGAUGCAUUGAAGUGAUCAGCAGGGCGCAAACCAGGAAAAAUUCAACAUGUAGUCAAAGGAAGGAAAAAAGUGGAGAAGGAAGGCAGGGAGGUUAACCAAUGUAGCUUAACCGGUUUGCUACCCUACACACGGGAGCGGGAUGUAUAUAUAUUCAAGAUUUCGGCAAAUGGACUUGUCUUCCCCAGGGAGCUGGCGUGGAGAAGUACCUUUGAUGAGACAAUGUUUCGAACUUGCUGUUUUCCUUGUUUGCGCCCUCUUGUUUUCCUUGUUUACGCCCCGCUGAAGCCGUAGACGUAUAGCCAGAUGGGUUUAUCUUGGCAUUAAUCAUUUGUUGGUUCUUCAUGUCCCCAAGAACAACACACGGGUAUGUUGUUCUGCAGUGUGCAAGAACAGUGUAACUACAGGUGUGCUACAAGUCGACUGACAAUGCCGUUAUAUAUAAUUACUCGUCCCGACGAACUUCACACGAAAUUGGAAAAACAUCUAUUCUUGCGUUCUUUUCGAAAUUUCUUUUGGCCAGCGCUGCCAAAAGUGAAUUCCGUAAUUAUCAUCAUUUCUAACGCAUGUACAAUCUUUUGUCGAAUGCGUGCAUGCCUCUACGCGAGAAGUAAGUAAACAAUUUACUGUAAUCAGGCGUUUAAGCGUUUCUGCAUGAUUGGAUUUAGAGUACUCCUCGCUGAGUAAAUUGUUGAGGCUCCAAAGGCCUUAUAGAGUAUUACACUACGCGCCGGUGACGGGCAGGUUUCAGCACAGAUCAAUGGCGUUCGAAGCAAUAAAAUGUCUUUUCCUCCUCUUUCCGCACUUCAGCAAGCAGGUUUUCUCAUGGAAGCCGUCAACGAUUAUUGAAAGUACCGCGCAUUUUCUUCCUUAAUAAAUGAAAUACACACCCACCCUAACGCAUGCCUAGUCUCCGCGGGCCUUCGUAGUAGCGCAAAAGCGUGUCGGAUUCUUACGUAAAUUCUGCUAUUCUUUUUUUUCUUCGCUUUCUUUUUUCAGGAGGAGGGGGGGGGGGGGGGUUGCAGCGGUUCGGCGUCCGAAUGGAUGUGGUCAAACUCAAGGGCUGAGUUUCUGGUAACCAAAAGCGUUUGCUUUAGAACUCACGUCUUGGAAAAUAGUGACGUUGCCAGGUUUUGCGAGCAUGAGGCUAUGCAUCUGUCAGUAAAGAUUACGCGCGAGUUGGUCUCACCUGAGGCAAAACAAUGUAUACAAGAAACGAGAGGAGAAAGAGACUGAGUAGAAAAUUGGUGGCACGAACAGAUACGGUGAUAAAUAAACCGAUUCCGAAGGAAUAAACUGAAUCGGGCUGGCAGUUAUUUCGAAAAGUUUGGUUUAUGAUUCAAGACGUAAAGCGCUGUAGACAGGACAAUUGACCAUAGAGGAUCAGAAGACACAAGCGUGAGAUUUUGCCGACAUAUAUAGGCGAACAGUAGCAUACGGAAAAUAAGAUCCAUAUGUCUAUCGAAGAAACAGAACAUGAGCGUUAAGUCGAUAUGCUCGGUCCAUGUUUUAAACUGGAAAGGGCCCAAAGGAGGAGACACAAGAAUAAGGAGAUGACGACGAUACAGGCUCUAACUGCAAUUCUGGCAAACAUUGAGAGUUGCAGGAUGGUAGACGGGGAUGAAGCCACGUAUUGAACGAGUCAACUGAAUAGUGGGGUUGUGCUCGAGCAUUUGAUGCAUGAUGCAAAAUAAAACUGCAUUACUAUGAAUAAUGGACCUCGCUUUACUAAUAUACAAGAGUGAAGACAGGAAUAAGAGAUACGGGCAAUGGCUUGAAGUGUGGCACACAUGAAAGGAUAAGAAAUGAGCUACCCUUAGAAGCUCAUUACCCUCUCAAUACUCACGUGCUCUUGACUAAAACAGUGAGCGAGAGACUUCGCUAUAGGGUCUUAUUCUAACAUGGUUUCUUUCCCUCCUGUAUUUAUCAGCUUGGUAUAUCUUAUCGGCUUGGUAUUAUCGAGUUUCGGCUGUGAUAAAACAGACAACUUUGUUUUUGUCAAAUUAUGGAAGUAUUUCCUAAAAGAGCUAUGCAAUUUUCGUAAAAUCUGGUUUUGUCAGAAACACAACCGGCAAAUGGCGCCGCGUGCUCUAAUUUUAGUUAAACCACAAAUUUACAGGCGUCACAUAUGUUUCAGACAUUGUUAACCUGAAUACUUCAUCCCGUUAGCACAAGUAGUGAUUUAAGUAACGCCUGACCGCGUCAUGGCCACGUGAACAUCAUCUUUAUAAUCCACUGCGGCUAAGCACGUGGUGGUGGUAAUUAGAGAACAAAAGACAAAUCUUCCAUUCAAUGCCUCUCGUGUGUGCAAAGUAGAAAAAGGCGAUAUUUCGCAGUGGUUUACAAGGCGGAGACAAGGAAAUGCAGCGGUAAUGAUUUCUGUUUCUUUCUUAUUUGCGAUGCAUCUGUAAUUGCAGAAGCACUGUGCAAAGGAACAUUGCGUACAUGUGUAUAAAGUUGCAAAUGUCGAUAGAAUAAACAUAGUGUUAUUACA